GUGAGGGGUUGUGAGGGGUGUUGUAUUGGGGGAGCGAUUGAUGUAAUAAUUGAUAAAAUGGUGGAAAACUAACUGUUGCUCAACACAUAUACAACAUAUGAGUGACGCAAACAUAUUAUACAAUAUUAGACAUACUUUAGUGCAAAGCAUUGAAUGCAUUGAAUGUAUUGAUUGUCAUAAAUAUCGUCACAUAUAGUGAUCAUAUGGUGUGAAAGACAACACAGUUUGGCAGACAUGAGACCUCUUCGGCAAACUCACCACCGAUUCAUUACAUCCACUAAUCAUUAACGCAAUUAUGAUCUCAUUGUCUCAAAACCACACCAUUUAAGGCAAUAAUACGUCCAAAAGAUUACCACUAAUUAUCAUCUCAUUAUGACUACCAGAAGUCACGGGCGAUGGUUUCACGCGAACAUCUCAGGAGUGGAGGCGGAGAAGAUGUUGAUGGAGAGGGGCUUUGAGGGCAGUUUCCUCGCGCGUCCGUCCAAAUCAAAUCCGGGAGACUUCACACUAUCGGUGAGACGUAACGGUCAGGUGACACACAUUAAGAUACAAAACACUGGCGACUAUUACGACCUCUACGGCGGCGAGAAGUUCGCCACUUUGGCUGAAUUGGUUCAGUACUAUAUGGAAAACAUGGGACAACUGAAGGAGAAGAACGGCGAAGUGAUUGAACUGAAGUUCCCGUUGAACUCAUCGGACCCGACGUCUGAGCGUUGGUUUCACGGACCCCUCUCUGGCAAAGAGGCCGAGCGUUUGGUCCUCGAAAAGGGCAAAAACGGAAGCUUUUUGGUCCGCGAGAGUCAAAGCAAACCCGGAGAUUAUGUGCUGACAGUGAGAACCGAUGAUAAGGUGACUCAUGUGAUGGUGAGAUGUCAGGACACGAAGUUCGAUGUCGGCGGUGGAGACAAGUUCGACAGCUUAAGCGAAUUAGUCGAACACUACAAGAAGAACCCUAUGGUUGAGACCACCGGAACUGUUGUCCAUUUGAAGAAUCCCUUUAACGCCACGCGAAUCACUGCCUCUACCAUUGAAAAUAGGGUUAAAGUGUUGACCAAAGAGAACGUCCAAAACAGUGGUAAAGCGGGCUUUUGGGAGGAGUUUGAGUAUUUACAACAACAAGAGUGCAAACAUCUGUACUCUAGAAAAGAGGGACAAAAACCUGAAAAUAGGGCCAAAAAUCGGUACAAAAACAUUCUUCCCUUUGAUUACACGCGAGUUCUUCUGAGAGAUUACGACAAUACAGUCGGUGCCGAUUAUAUAAACGCCAAUAUUAUCACUAUUGAUGACGAAAAUAACAGUCCGGAUAACGACAAAAAGACAUACAUCGCGACUCAGGGCCCGCUCACCACCACAUCCAAUGACUUCUGGUGGAUGGUAUGGCAGGAGAGCUGUCACGUCAUUGUUAUGACCACUAAAGAGAUCGAAAGGGGGAAAAACAAAUGCGUCCGCUAUUGGCCCGAUAGGGGACAGACCAAAGAGUUUGGCAAAAUUGUUGUCAAAACUAUUAGCGAAAAGCCGACAAUUGAUUACACGUUACGCGAGUUCUCGGUGUCGAAGGAAAUGGAAACAAAAGAGAGCCGAACUAUAUAUCAUUACCACUUCACCGCUUGGCCCGAUCACGGCGUGCCCUCCGAUCCCGGAUGUGUUCUCAACUUUCUUCACGACGUGAACAGAAAGCAAGAGGCCAUCGAUGACGCCGGGCCUGUCAUUGUUCACUGCAGUGCUGGCAUUGGAAGGACGGGUACUUUCAUUGUAAUCGACCAAAUUAUAGAGCAAAUCAAACGACACGGACUCGACUGCGAGAUUGAUAUUCAAAGAACUAUUCAAAUGGUUCGGUCCCAGAGGUCAGGUAUGGUUCAAACAGAAGCACAAUAUAAGUUUGUAUACCUCGCCGUUCAACACUAUAUCGAGACAUUGCAGCAAAGGAUUCUCGCAGAACAGAAGAGUCUUCAGGCGGGCCGGGAGUACACGAAUAUAAAAUACACGAGUGAAGCGGCCGCUGGUUGUGAUACAAAUAAGCUGACGUCCGCCGCAUCCCGUCCCACAUCUGUUGGCAACAACUCGUUUGUCGCAAAUCUGUCCUCAACUCAAGCCAUUCAGACAAACACUGCAAUGAUGUCGACUAAAGGGAACUGGAAUUUGGUUGAACUGAGCGUUGGUUUGGUUUGUUGUGUGACUCCGAGACCGCAAGACAUGAACGAAUUGGACUCUCUUAGACAGGAGGCCGAGACCCUCAAGAACACCAUCAGAUCUCGUGCGUUACCCACGGGUUACGUUCGUAAGUCCAGUCCCUGUAAGUCCUCGUUCGCAAAGUUGCCUUUGGCCGACACCCCCUCCCCC